AUGGCUUUUAUUAAAUUUUUUGAAAUAAAUACAUUUACUAAAUUUUUUGAUGAUCUUUCUAAUGAACUUUCAAAUAUUUUUGAAGACUCAGAUGAUUAUGAUGUUAUUAUUCAAGCUGGUAAAGAACCAGACUUUAAAGAAUUUAAAGCUCACUCCGUUAUUUUACGUGCCAGAUCCCCUUAUUUCAAAGUUGCUUUAUCCGAUAAAUGGAUGAAAAAUAAAGAAAGUAUUUCUUAUUUUUCAAAGCCAAAUAUCUCACCAGCUGUAUUUCAUUUAAUUUUACGAUAUAUUUAUACAGGAACCCUUGACUUAAAAGAUCAACCUGGUUCUAAUAUUUUCGCUCUUCUUAUCGCUGCUGAUGAAUUAUUACUUGAUCGUUUAGUUGAUCACGUACAAAGAUAUCUCAUUAAUAAGGAAAUUGAUUGGAUUAAAAAAAAUCUUGUUAUAAUUAUACCUACUGUCUUCAAAAUUCAACGUUUUAAGCAAAUUCAAGAUUACAUUACGGGUGCUCUCGACCUGUCAAUAAAUUCGGAAUCUGAUCUUUAUGCUCUUCUUAAUGUUGUUGAUGAGUUGGCUCCUGAUGAAUUGUUUAACCGCAUUUCAGAGCAUCUUAUUAAAACCAAACCUUCUUGGCUUAAAGAAAAUAUUAUUAAUAUUUUGUUCAAUAUCACUGAACUGAAAAGAUGUGAUAAAGUUCAAGAUGAAAAAUUCGUCAAUACAGAUAUCACUAGUUGGAAAGAAAAUGAAUUUUCAGCAUUUAAAGAAUAUAUAGAUCCAUUUAUACCUUAUGUUCGAUUUUGUGAAAUUUCACGGGCUGAAUUUUAUCAUCAUGUUAUGCCUUUUAAAAAAGUAUUGCCAAAAGAUCUUUAUAAAGAUUUAAAAGUUUAUUUUUUUGCUGAUAUUAAACCACAACAAGUUAAUUUGCAACCACGUGGCAAAAUCGACUCUACCAUAAUUAAAAAGGAAAAUGCUCGAGACAUAAUCAAAUGGGUCAUGAAAACAGACGUCAUUCUCAAAAAAACUUCUUACGAGUUUAUACUUAGUUAUCGAGCGACCCGCAAUGGAUUUGAUUCCAAAGAACUUAUCACCAGACUUAAAAGUAGUUCAAAAGUUAAAAAUUCAGAUAGUAUAAUUGGUGGAUACAUUAAGGAUCUUCUUAUUUAUUCCAGAACUGACAGAGCUGAAGGGUUUUUCAUUUAUUUUGGAAAUGGAAAAGACUCUAAUCUUCAUGAACCUUGUAAAAUAGAAUUUCAAUUUCAGAGUGAUGCAUCAUCGGUAGAUUUCGGAUGUGGCCGUUUGAAAUUGCUUGGACAGAAUGGAACCUGUUCAAUGUUGGGACGUUCCAAUUUUAUUGCUGAAGAAAUUGAAAUUUUCAACAUUAAAAUUAAUAAUUAA